AUGGCCGUGAGCCCGGGGCUGCUGCUGGUGGCCGGGUCCUUCGCCGCUUUCCGCCUGCUGAACCGGGGGCUGGAGCUCUUGGUGCCGCCGCCGCCGUCGGCCCAGCGCAACCGCUGGAAGUGGCGCAACAUCUGCACAUCGCUGGCUCACAGCGUGCUCAGCGGCGGAGGGGCGCUGGCAGCGUUCUGCCUCCACCCUGGGCUGUCUGAGGACAUGGUGGGCACGCACCCACCCGGGGCACACAGCCUGGUUGCUGUAUCUGUAGGUUACUUCCUCGAAGACUUUGUGGACAUGUUGUGCAAUCAGAAGCUUCACCAGUCCUGGGAGCUGCUCUUCCAUCACUCCGUGGUCAUUGUCUGCUUGGGUACCGCAGUGCUGCUCCACCAGUACAUCGGGUUCGCCCUGGUGGCUUUACUGGUGGAGAUUAACUCCAUCUUCCUCCACCUGCGGCAGAUCCUGCUCAUGGCCAACCUGGUGCACACCUCCUGCUACCGCCUCAACAGCAUCCUCAACCUGGGCACCUACAUGGUGUUCCGCAUCGCCACGCUGGCCUGGAUGAGCCGGUGGCUCUUCCUCAAUCGGGAGAGCGUGCCCCUGGCAACCUACUCCAUAGGCACAGCGGGAAUGGCAAUCAUGACACCCAUGAACGUCAUCCUCUUCUACCGCCUGCUGCGCAGGGACUUCUUCAAGUCCAGCCGGGAUGUGCAGUGGGAGAAGGAGCAAUAGCCCCUGUCCCAAAGGAUGGAGGAGGACAGCGAAGUGCAAUGGAGACUGAGUGUGGGUGUUUUGAUGCAGAGGGUCCACACUAACAGCAUCCAGGCUUUUCUCCUGGUCACGGCCUAAUGGGGUUCUGCUCCCCUGGUACCUUUGGAUGAUGUGGUUGGAUGACCCCGAGCUGCUCAGGGAAGCUCAACAGCUCUCACAGCUCCCCAAGGCACCACUGAGAUGGGAAGGGAGCAGGAG